GUCAUUUCCGGCCACGCCGUGGUUGAGAUAUUAAGAAAAUGUCUUCCCGGGCUCAGCGCGGCAGUCUGGGAUCUUGGAAUUCUCAUCACUGCUCAACACCAUGGCCGAAGAUCGCAGCUUAGCCGUGCGUGCGGUUGCCGCGGUCUUCCUGGCCCUGGCAACUAUCACGACCGUCCUGCGAUGCUAUGUGCGCCUUCGGAUCGUCAAGGCUUUCGGCUGGGACGAUGGGAUUAUGGUCUUGGCCUACAUCUUCUAUGUCUUUUUCUCCGCCUGUAUGAUUGGUGGUAGUCUUUGGGGGACAGGCCAACACCUUGAUCAAUUGGAUAACCACCAUCGAGUGACCGCUAUGAAGUAUUGGUUCUAUUGCGACAUUGGCUACGCGAUUGGUUCUAUCCUAUGCAAAAUUUCUGUAUCGAUCUUCAUUCUACGCAUCACGAUCCACCGAGUCCACCGAAUCGUCAUUGGAGUCGUCGUCGGCCUUGUUGUCGCUGCAGGGUUUGCGUUCUUCGUAAUUCUUCUCGCACAAUGCAAGCCAAUGGCCUAUUGGUAUCUUCGUCUCAGCACUGAGGAGGUUGGCAAGGGCACUUGCAUAUCCACACAUGUCGCGAUGGAUGCGCUCUAUGCCUUUAGCGCAACCUCGGCGGUGUUUGACAUGACGAUCGCAGUCCUCCCUAUCCUCCUGGUUCGGAAGCUGAAGAUGCAAAGUGACGUGAAAAUUGCGGUGGCUGGUCUGCUCAGCAUGGCCUGCGUGGCGUCCGUCGCUGUCAUUGUCCGCAUUCCUUACAUCCCGACGCUCCUUGAAACCGAUUUCUUGUACGAAACCACCCCUGUCGCUAUCUGGUCGAACAUCGAAACCGGCCUGGGUAUCUUCGCCGGCAGCAUGGCCACCCUCCGACCCCUGCUGCGCAAGUUCCGGCCGUCAACCUACCAGAACACUUGGCCCAGCUCCUCGCGCGGCAAGCGCAGCAAGUCGAUGCCGUUGCAGUCGAGCCAGCGGCAGGAUUCCGACCGUAUCCCCUUGGAAGAUCGUUUGUACGGCACCACCUUUUUCACCGUCGAAGCAGGUAAUGAUCGGUAUUCUUCCACAGGGUUGGACCAGGUUCCGAUAUUGCCGAAGCAGACAUACAUGCCACAGAUUAGCGUGAAGCAGGAGGUUCAUGUGACGACUGUUUAGACUGGUGAAGGUCUGACGAGACGAAGUCUGAGGUCGGAGGGCCGUGCACUCGCCGCAUAGUAGGGCUGCAAUCUAGUCCUGCUCCAUCAGCCAUAGGACUGCUGCUCCAUUACUGAGAUUUAGAGGGAUUUAUCUCAGAGUGAUUGUGGGCAACUCCCCAACACGCAUCAAGCGACUGGUUGGGACCACGCCGUGUCUAACAGACACUGCAGCAGCAAGACCGCUCAACUGGGAUCCUGGCGAAAUCUCUCGAGACUUGGCAGGCGGAGCAUUAAGCCCUGGGCAUGCGUAUGAGGACAGCACGAAAGUUGUUGGAGGACAAGCAACUUCUACAGCCAUCUCACUCAGCGCAUCAGCCACCACCCCCACGGCCGGCGAUAGCCGACUGAGGGUGAACAAUCCAUCACAAUUACACCCCGAUCGACCACACCGCCCCCGGUCGCAUCGAUGUCAUGACUAUAUAGAAUAUAAUG